CAAGUCGUCGAAGUCGGUACGAGACGGCGGUAACGUCGUCGAAGCCAACACUUUAUUUCAUUUCUCUUCGCUUUUGAUUCCAUUUGAAACGUUGAUUAAACAGUUGCAUUACGAUAAUAAGUUUGGCUUAAAGCAAAGCGGUGAGUGUGUCGGGACAUCGCAGUGAAUAAAAAGGACGCUCAACCGAAAAUGGCACUUGCAAUGCCCAAAGUAAAAAGUAGUGGCGAUUUUAAGACUUUGAUUUCGCGGUUUACAAUUCCGAUAGAGCUGUUAGAUGAUAUAAUCUAUUGUCAGCGUUCUUUGCGGCUUUAUAUGCGAGUCCACCAGAUCCUUGCCGGCCGUUCGGAGAAAUUGAAGACAAAGCAAGUUGAGGAAAUCGAGUCUGAUAUUUCGGAUAUUGGUCGCGAACAGAACGCAUUGAUUGCACGUUUGCGUAGCACGCUUGAGCUAUACUACAUCUCAAUAAGAAGUGACAGCGUCGAGAUCGAUCGUGAAAUGGGCAAUGCAUACGUUUCCCGGAUCCUGUCACAAUAUAUCGAAAGUGGAAGUACUAUCGUUACUCCUAGACUGGUCAAAAAGAGGAUGAAUGAGUUCCAACUCUUGAGUCACUACAGCCUGCAUGAUACCAAACGCAAGUCGGAUGGUAAAGUGGAGAACUGCAAAUCGGCAUCAACCGUGGCCAGUCUCAAGCAAGAAUCUCUGUUGAAGCCUAAAUCGGAACGCUUUGCUCAACAGAAAGCCAACCCUAACACAUAUCCUUACGUGAAAUCUGAGGUGAAAAUAGAGAAUGAUGCAAGUUUAUCAGCAGCCUCACUUAACAAUAGUCGAAUGAAUUUGUUGCAAGCGUUGAACAAGGCGAAGAAUCAAAGCUUAUAUCCCACCAAGUCACCGUUAUCGCCAUCCGAAACAAUUGAUAACAAGGAAACUAUUGAGAUCUCUUCGUCGCAGUCAUCCAGUUCAGAUGAUACGUCCGAUAUAGCAUUGAUGUCACCUUUGUAUAGUGAGGAUGAAGCGGAAAUGAGUCAAGAAUUUUUCCUGCGUAAAUUUGGAUUGUACACAAUCGAGUACAGUGACUACCUAACACAGAAGCGAUCACAACGUCGCCGCCGCAAUGUUCAAAGCAACGAAAAAAGUGACUACCACUAUGGAAAAUUAGAUAUGUUUGAGAGAAUGAGCAAACGUAAGAAAACAUACUUGCACUCGCCCCCUGCACCCCGACCUGCUAAGCGGAGGAGAAAGAACAAGGACAGUGACGGAACUGCAUCAAAGUCAAGUACUACAGACCGCUCGUCAUCGUCAUCACCUGAUCAGAAGUUUACCUGCUGUGAAUGCAACAAAACUGAUAACUUGCGUAAAUGCAACUCUUGUACAAAUUGGUACCACAUCAAAUGCCAUAAAAAUGCUCCGAAACUCACAGCAAAGAAAAUCUGUCUACUUUGCUUUGUUAAACUUAAAGAAGCGAAAGCCUUGAAAGAGACAAAAAGCGUAAAAGAUAUUAAGGAGGGCAAUGGUGGUAAAGGUACUAACGAUGUAGCUGAUUUAGGAGUAGCGCCGCUUGACGGUUAAAAAAUGGAGCGAAUGGUACAAAUGAUUAUAUCGCAUUGUAUAUUUCUCGAUUUCUGUUCAUCAGAGUUGAUUGAUGUUUUUGUAAAUACUUUUAUAUUAAUUGAUCAUACACAUAUAAUUAUAUUCGAUUUUUUUUGUCAAUAGCUUCCAUUGUUAGUCAAAAAAAAUAUAUUUUUGCAAUAUAGUGCUGAUAGAUUCUAAGAUAGAUUACUAAUUGUGCAAAUAAACAGAAUUUAAGAAUUAUGUAUAUGAAAAUGUAAAUAAUAGAUUGUUACUAU